AUGAACGGGUCGGGGCGGCUGCCGGCGGGGCCCGGGGAGCAGCUGGGCGCGAACGGCAGCGGCCCCGCGGAGCUGCGGGAGGGCACCCACGCCGCUACCUUGGCCGCCUGCGCCUCCCUGCUGGCCCUCGUCUUCUGCCUGGGCUCCUACGGCAACCUCAUCGUGCUGCUCUCCUUCUUCGACCCGGCCCUUCGCAAAUUCCGCACCGACUUCGACUUCAUGAUCCUCAACCUGUCCUUCUGCGACCUGUUCCUCUGCGGCGUGGCCGCCCCCAUGUUCGCCUUCGUGCUGUUCUUCGGGCCGGCCCGCGGCGUGCCGGGCACCUUCUGCUUCACCUUCCACCUCACCAGCUCCGGCUUCAUCAUCAUGUCCCUCAAGACGGUGGCGGUGAUCGCGCUGCACCGGCUGCGGGUGGUGCUGGGCAGGCAGCCCCCCCGCGCCGCCUCGACGCCCCGCACGCUGCUGCUCACGCUGGGGCUCUGGGCCGCCAGCCUCACCCUGGCCACGCUGGCCACGCUGCGAGCCCGCGGCUCCCGACGCUGCCUGCCCUUGGCCAGCCUGGCCAGCGGACAGGGCAGGCUCAUCCUCUACCUCUACAUCGCCGACUUCAUCUGCUGCGUGGCCGUGGUGGCCGUGUCCUACGUGAUGAUCGCCCGGGCCCUGCGCAGGAACUCCCGUGCGAGGCAGGGCCCGCCCGUGGCGGCCGUGGGCUCCCCUCGGCCACAGCCCGCCCUGUACCGCACCCAGAGCUGCGGGCAGGCCCACGGACAGGGCCCUGGACACCCCAAGCACGCCGCGCGGCUCCCGCCGGCGUCGGCCGUCAACCUGGCCACGGCCAAGGACUCCCGCGCCGUGGGGACGUGCGUGGUCAUCGUGCUCUCCGUGCUGGUGUGCUGCAUGCCCCUGGGCAUCUCCCUGGUGCAGGACGUGCUGUCCAACAGCGGGGGCUUUGUCCUCUACCAGUUUGAGCUGUGUGGGUUCACUCUCAUUUUCUUCAAGUCCGGGUUAAAUCCUUUCAUCUAUUCCCGCAACAGCGCGGGGCUGCGACGGCGCGUCCUGUGGUGCCUGCAGUACGCCGCCCUCGUCUUCUGCUGCUGCAAGCACAGGACCAGGCUCCGGGCCGUGGGCAAGGGGAGCCUGGAAGUCAACAGGAACAAGUCCUCCCACCACGAGACCAACUCGGCGUACGUGUUGUCCCCGAAGCCUCAGAAGAAGGGCCUGGACCAGGCCUGCGUUCCCAGUCACUCCAAGGACAGCGUGCUGAGCCCCAGGGCUUCCGUGGGCCACCAGCACUACGGCCAGAGCAGCUCCACCCCCAUGAACACCCGGAUCGAGCCCUACUACAGCGUGUACAACAGCAGCCCUUCCCAGGAAGUCAGCACCCCCAACAGCCUGCAGCCAGUCAGCUCCGUGUUUGGCUUUUCCAAGCCCUGCAUCCCCCAUCCCACCCCCGGCAUGGGCUGGGACUGCAGCACCGCUCCCACCAGGCACAUCCCAGUGCCCUCAGUGUAG